AUGAUGUCAAGCAUUAUGACAAAGUCUUUGCUUCCGCGUGGACAUCGCGACCGCCAGGAUAACUGUGGCAUUCAUUCCAUAGCUGUCAAUCCGUCACGCACACUCUUGGCGACCGGAGCCUCAAAUCCAGACGAUGUUGCCAUCUUUAAGCUGCCUUCGUUUGACCCUGUUGCCAUUCUUCAGAGUCACGAGAACUGGAUGUUUGCUGCUGCUUGGGUUGGCGACAGUCACCUUAUUACAGGCUCUCGAGAUUCUACUGUUAAAUUAUGGUCGAUUUGUUCUGACGAAUUUUUGAACCAGUCACCUAUAGUUACCCGUACGGAUCAUGACGACAAAGUCAGAGAUCUCAAGUACUGCACGGACACGGAAGUGGGUUGA